UCUUCCUGGUCCGGCUUCUCCUCCAAACGCGGCUUCUUGGGAAACUGAUGCCUUUUGCUUUUCUUUCUGGGAGGAUUUUGGAGGAAAAUGAGAAACGCCUGAGGCGGAGUUCUUGGGUUUAGAGGGAAGAAACUGGAUGAAGGUGAGUGAAGACUGAGAAAGGACAGGGAAGGAGAGAAGAGUUUUCCAGGUAAAAAGCUUCAUGCAGAUAUUUCAAAUGCUGUGGUAGAGUCUAGCAUUUACCACAGUGACAGGCAACUAUCCAAGGAUAAAAAUGGAGACCCAAGAAGCCCUUACAAGUCUUAUAUCAGUGCAGGUGUCACGAGAAGGGAAAGGGAGCUGCCAUGUUGGGACGACGGAGGCAUUCCUGCCAAGGAGACCAACAGAGGUGCAACAGGAGCCCAACAAAGACUCGCUUCAUCAGAGGGAAACCCAAUGGCAGGAGUUCCUAAAGAACAUGAAAGGUCCUCAAGCAAACUUGGGGAACUCUCAAUCGAGGGAGGAGCCGUGGGAUGAUGCCAAAGCCUUCCUGGCCUCCUUUGAGCAAGUGGCCCAAGCCUGCCGGUGGCCCAAGGAAGAGUGGGUGCCCCGGCUCCUGCCAGCAUUGAGCGGAGAGGCCAAGCGGGCCUUCACUGGCCUGGAGGCUGAAGGCAGGGAGGAUUAUGGGAAAGUGAAGGCCGCCAUCUUGCACAGGGACGCCAUGCGGCAAGAGGAACAGCGGCAGUGUUUCCGGCGUUUCCGCUACCGUGAGGCCGAGGGGCCGAGAGGGGCUUACGGGCAGCUUCAGGAACUGUGUUGCCGGUGGCUGAAAGUUGAAAGGCAUUCGAAGGAGCAGAUCCUGGAGCUGCUGAUCUUGGAGCAGUUCUUGGCUGUCCUGCCUCCAGAGAUAGAGGCCUGGGUCAAGGAACGUGGUCCAGAGACUUGCUCCCAGGCGGUGGCCUUGGCGGAGGACUUCCUUCUGAAGCAGCGAGAGUCCAGGAGGCAGGCAAACCAGUUGCCAUUAGAGGAAGAGGAGACAGUGGCUUCUCCUGAAGGUGUCCAAGCCCUGCCUGAGAUUGAGCAGGAGAAGCUUCGUGCGGAGAACAAACAGGAAGAUGACAACGGGGAUGCUGGACUCUUGGGAGAUGAAUGGCAAUCUGAGAAUGAGUGGCAUCUAGGUGAGGAUUCCUCAGAAAGAACAGAGUGUGAAGCAGUGGAGGAGAAUGUUUGGAGCCAAGAUGGGCCAUUAAACCAAGACGGAAACCAUGCGGAAGAGCCAGAAGCCAAAUCCUUCCCAUUUCAUGUGGGAGACGUCCACAAAAUUUCAGUCCACCAGGAAAGGGAGAAAGAAAAAAAAGGAAUUUGUUUCCCCCGUUUUCAUUGGAGAAUUCCCCCUGAUGACGAAUUAGAUUUAAUGUUUCAAAAGACCUUCAGCCAAAGUGGAAACCUCACUGAAUGUGAAAUGCUUUAUGAAGGGACAGAUUCCAACAUAUACCUGAAUCAAAGUAUUUCUGCAGAUGAGAGACAGUUUAUGAAUUUGGAUCUUGGUAAGAUGAAGCAUCCAAGGACCCAAACACGGGAGAAGCUGUUUAAAUGUUUGGAGUGCGGGAAAUGCUUUGGUCGGAGUACACACCUUAUUUCUCACCAGAUAAUCCACACGGGAGAGAAGCCGUAUCAGUGCUCCGAAUGUGGGAAAAGCUUCAUCCAGAGCGCUCACUUGCUUAAGCAUCAAAAUAUUCACAAGGGGGAGAAACCACACUGCUGCCUGGAUUGCGGCAAAAGUUUUGUCGACAAGCCGAGCCUCAUUCAACACCAAAGAGUGCACACGGGGGAGAGGCCCUAUCAAUGUACGGAGUGCGGAAAGAGUUUCAGCUACCGAGGAAACCUUAGGGUCCAUCAACGGAUGCACACAGGGGAGAGGCCGUUUUCCUGCUCCGAAUGUGGCAAGGCCUUCCGCGACCAGUCCAGCCUUGUCAGACAUAAGAGAAUCCACACCGGAGAGAAACCGUACACCUGUGCAGAGUGCGGGAAGGGCUUCAGUCAAAGUACCAACCUUACUUUACAUCAGAGAAUCCACACCGAGAGAGGCCGUCACACGAUUCUCUGAUGCAUUUGCUGCAUGCCAGCAUGGGUGUGUUAGUCUUUUCUCCCUACCCAUUGAACAGUAAUGGCAUCUUAAAAAUAAAUACUCUAUAUCAAGCAUCCUCAAAAUUUUUAAGCAGAGGGCUGGGUUCACGGUCCCUCAGACUGUUGGGGGGCCGGACUUUAGUUUGUAGUGCAAAUAAAUGAAAAAAUACAAUAUUUAAAAUGAAGAACCAUAUUAACCAACAUAAACUUAGCAGUAUUUUGAUGGGAUGUGUGGACCUAUUUUGGGCUGAUGAGAUGGUUACAUUAAUUAGAGUUAUUGUUGUGUAUCUUCAACUCAUUUCAGAUUUAGGGCAGCCCUGAGACUAAAGUUUAGGCCGGGGGCCGUGUAAUUGAACUUGGAGGGCCACAUCCAGCCCCUGGGACUUAGUUUGGGGACCCCCGGCGUAUCUAUAAGACCAGAAAUCAUAGUAAAAAGAAUUAACACAAAAUUCUUGGUUUGAAUUAUCCGCGGGUCAAUUUAAGAACUGCAUCCUAAUUCUUAAUUUUUUUUAAAGGACCCAUCUCUUUAUCUGAGUAAAGUAGCAUAAGGCAAGAGAUUAUCCAUCCUGGGAAAACCUAAAAGAAGCACUCACCCUCCACUCUCAACAAUGGCAUUUCUUAUGCCAUUUUUAAUGCUGUGUAGAAAAUGCCUGUGGAGCCACAGAGAGGGUAUUAAAAUCCAAAGGUUUGGUCCUAAAAUCUGCCCACAAUGUUUACAUGAAGUUGACAUAUAUGAGUAUAUACAGUAUCCUUCUUGUGCAUAUCAGUUAUCUUAAGGCCCAACUACACUGCUGAAUUAAUGUAGUUUAACACAAUGUCUCUGUGAUAUGGAGCCUUGGAUUUGUAAUUUGGCGAGGCACCAGACUCUGGCAGAGAUGGCUGAGAACUAUGUAAAACUACAACUCGCAUUUUUCCAUAGGUGUGAGCCAAAGUGGGGUCAAACAGUAUUAAUUCUACAGUGUAGCUGCACCCUUGUCCUUCAGCCCCUUUUGUCAGAUGCACACCUGUUGCUCUACAGCUCUUUUUUACAAGGACCCCACUUUCUGCCAUCACAAAAUUGUUAUAAACGUAUCGGUACCUUUCAAGCGGUUGUGUCAUUCUUUCCAGAACUUCUGGUCUCCUUUUUGUUCAUGUGUGUUCCUAUCUUGACUGUGUAUUUCAGUGGGAUGCUUUGCAUAUUUUAGUUAUAACAAUAACAAUAAUAAUAUUUUAUUUAUAAAGUCCCAUCUCACUCGGGGCAGCUUACAACAAAAUUUUAUUUGUGUAUGUCAAGGAUCGGUGUAAAAAAUAGUAAAAUUAUUAAUAAAAUAAUAAUAAAAUUACAUAAAGUAGCAGCAUGGGAAUGAAGGCCCCAAUUGCAGCCAUUGUGAAAUGUUCAUGAAGCCACAGAGGAGAAGCAAAUGGAUGCUGUAACAAAAAUGUACCUAGGUAAGCUUCUUGCAUGUCUCCUCUCUCCCCAAACAUCCCUGCCUUAAACCCGUAGUUGUCUUCUUUAGCUCUGGACACAGGUCAAACUGAUACAAUAAUCUCAUCUGUUCCCCUUCCUUUUCAGUCUUUCACUGCCUCUGGACUUUUCUGAUCUUUUGUUUGUCUUUUUUCCAGUUUUUUCUUUUCUUUUUUUUUUCUUUUUUUGCUUGUGGGUGAUUUAAAACUCUGAAAAAGUGCUACAUGUUUUGGCCAGCAAAACCAUUUUCCUUCGUUUUUGGAAAAAGAGAUGUUCUCCACUAUAUUCUAUCCCUGUCUGUCCCACAGCAAUUUUUUUUAACUCAGGAAGGAGGUGUGCUCUGCUAUGAUAGCUUUUAAUUUUUUUAUUUUUGCCUCUGUCUCUGCUAAAUAAAAGUGUUUUUCUCCCUACCCCCUAUUCCUUUGUCUUGGAAAACGAAGGUGGAAAAGUUCCCAAGUGACUUGGGGAAGGUUCCCAAAUACCAACAAGAAAGGAAUUCUCUUUCCAUGGCCUGAGGGACCAUCUGCAAAUUUAAAGUUCCUCUGCCUUCUCCCAAACUUUUCAGUGUGUUGUUUCAUUUUAUAGAACUGCUCAUAGACCUUACUAUAACUAAAAAACAUUUCCUCUCCUUUCCAUGCAAAAGGAUAUUGUCAUUCUCUCUCUUUCUCUCCUUUUCUUUUUUGCUACAGCCAGGCAGCUGAGAUCCUUGUUUUUUUAAAAUGUUCUUAUACCUGUCUCCUCUCCAGGCUGAAAAAAAAAACUUUUAAACGUUUUCCCUAAGACCUCGUGUCAAAGGCACACUGAAUUUCUCUGAUAACAUGUCUAUUUCUGGUUUAUUAAAACUUCCCUUCUUUUGGUGUGUGCA